AUGAAACGGAAGCUGCAAGUACGAUACCUGUUGAAGAACAACGUCAGUCCAGAUCUGUGCAACGAAGACGGUCUCACCGCCCUGCACCAGUGCUGUAUUGAUAACUAUGAGGAGAUGGUAAAGAUAAUGUUGAAUCGUGGAGCCAGUGUAAACGCCAAGGACAACGAACUGUGGACGCCGCUACAUGCUGCUGCCACUUGUGGACAUGCAGGACUGGUCAAGGUCCUCAUACAACAUGGAGCGGAUCUGUUAGCGGUGAACUCUGAUGGCAAUAUGCCCUAUGACCUGUGUGAAGACGACCCCACACUGGACAUCAUCGAGACCGCCAUGGCCAACAGAGGCAUCACCCAGGAGAUGAUCAAUGAGACCCGGGCGUCUGUAGAGAGGAGGAUGAUGGGAGAUAUCCAAGAGCUGCUGACGGAGGGAGAGGACGUCAACCACCACGAUUCACAGGGAGCUACGCUGCUCCACAUCGCAGCAGCUAACGGCUACAUCCAGGCUGCAGAGCUGUUGCUGGAGGGAGGAGCCAGGAUGGACCUGAGAGACACUGACGGAUGGCAGCCGCUCCACGCUGCAGCCUGCUGGGGUCAGAUGCAUGUAGCAGAGCUGCUGGUUUCUCACGGUGCCAGUCUCAAUGCCAAGACCUUCUUAGAGGAGACUCCCAUUGACCUGUGUGAGGACGAGGAGUUCCGAGCCAUCCUGCUGGACCUGAAACACAAACACGACAUCAUCAUGAAGUCUCAGCUUAAACACAAGACCUCUUUGUGUAGGAGGACAUCCAGCGCAGGCAGCCGUGGGAAAGUGGUGCGGAGGGCAAGCCUGUCUGACAGACACAACCUUCGUGUGAAGGAGUAUGAGACUGAGGCCAUCGUGUGGAGAGGAGGGAGGGAAGGAGGGAGGGAAGAGAAGGAGGAGGAGAAGAAGACGGACCAGGAGAACAGCCAUCCCAUCUAUACAACUGUUACUACGGUGAUUCCAGUGAAGCCAGUAGUGGAGAGGCCCAAACUACAGAAUAACCUGAAAGAUGCACCAAGCGGCAUCAUCAAACAAAAUGGCAUCAUCUCCACGACUACGUCCACGCCCACUCCCAGUCAGCUGCCGCCAACCAAUGGCGAGCCUCCAUCUCCUGACACGAAGAGCGCAUCAUCCGAUCAGCUCCCAGAGGACGACUCCUCCUUGCCCAGGGAGCGCGCUCAGACCCUGUCGGAACUGAAAAAGCAGAGGUCGGCCGCCAAGCUGCUCAAUCACCCACUCCUCAACGGUCACCUAGGAAACGGCUCCACAGAAUCCACCGAACCCCAGAGCCCUGUGGAUUCCCGCAUGCCCCUCGUCUCGUCCAAUGGCAGUGCAGUAUACUACACCCCGGCAAGCGGUGACCCGCCCAUGCUCAAACUCAAACAGCCAAUAGAUGACGAGGAACCAAAGGGGGGCAGCUGCUGCUGUGUCUCCUAGGGAGGAGGUGGAGGUCACCCCAAGACACUGAUCUAUGGUCAGGCUGACUGUGUUCUCCGCCAAUGGUUCGGGGAGGGAAAGCUGAUCCUAGAUCUGUGCCUAAGGGCAACUUCUUCCCGGAUAGAGCGCGUCAGAGCACGAUGGUCUUGUGACUGUGGAGCAGGAAGCAGGAAGAGAUUGCACAGAGGGAGACCAAAAGGCAGAGCCAUGGUCCUAGAAGGCAAUUGGAGUGGAGCUGGUCCAGCCAGGUGAUUGGUUCCUGCCUACUCCCUCCUUUCCUUCCCCACUGUUUAACACUCCAGGCCAGACCAGGAUGGAGAAUACCCUUACUCCGGAAAAUGACCGUCCUGAUAGGACGCGAGGAAUCGAGGAGAGAUGAGUUGGGGAAGAGCCACUGUGAUAGCUUGUAGUUGGUGGAGAGGGCAAGGAGGUGGUGGAUACUGAUCUGCUUAUGGAAUGGGUGGCUGAGAUGAGACCAUAAGAGUAUGCAGGAUACCCUUACUCCGGAGAACGGGCAAGCAAGCCACUGUGAUAGAUUGUGGUUGAUGCAGAGGGCAAGGAGGUUGAAUGAUACGGCCCCUAGCCCCUAAGAGAAGUAUUGUGCCCUAUAAAGGAAUAGAUGGCCAGGCAGCGUGCUCUCCCAUGUUAACCCUAUCUGGUGUCUUACAACUUUUGACUGAAUCACUGUUUUCAAACCACAUUCCUCCGUGUAUCCACUGUUUCUGAAAGUAUGUGAGGGGGAAAAAACAUUGCAGAAAGAUCCACUCCACCAUAUCAGAAUACUCUCUCAGUAUUAUUACUGUACCUGUGUUGGUCCACAGAGUAGCAUAAGGAAGGGGGAAGGGUCAUCUUUCCUAAGAAGUAUUCUUGUACAAAUGCUGACUAUUUUAGCAAAGGGAAGGAAUGGAUUAUACCAUAACAGAACAGUAUUACUGACUGUCUACCAUCUAUCUGUUCCUGUGAAGGAUGAUAGGAGCACUGCACUAGAGACAUUUGAAACAAUGCACAUUAAACUCUGUCUUCUCUUGCUAACUGUUCAUAUCCAAACUGUCAGUGAUUAAGGUGGUAGAAAGGUAUUUCAUAUGCCCAUGUCUUUUUAAUAUCAUUAUUUGUUGGUAAUUUAAGCAAAAAAAAUUGUUUAAAAAAUCUGUACAGUUUGUAGCUGUUUAUUUAUGAAGAUGUAAUGUUAUGUAUGAAGGCUGUGGUUAUACAGUGUAUUUAUUCUAUUGAUCUAUCUAUGGAGAGUGAAUGCAUUAGAAUGAGCUGGUACAGUUACAGUAUGUCUUCCUUUCCUGUGAAGCACUGAUCCCAAAUCUGGUUGUGCCGUCUUGCCGACUUCAUUGGUGUCACUGGGAUCGGGCUAGAAGCACCUUCUAGAACGGAUAUGUUCCUGUGGAGUUAACAUGAUGAGGUUAUUAUCCAGUCAUCUGUAGCUUGUGUUUAGCCGGGCCCUACAUCUGUUUGUCCUCGACCAUGGGGGUUGGCAAGACGGCACAAACAGAUCUGGGAUCAGGCUAGCUUGUUUAAGGGUGCACCAACAUACUAUUGGAAUAUCUUAUUUGUAUUUGACCUGGUCAAUGCAACACACACAGUAGAUAGAGUGUUGUCUAGGGAACUGAAGUGUGUGUACAUUGUGUUUUUGAAGGACCAUUGUAUGGUAUUUUCCCAGACACUGUAGCUGUCUCUAACACAAGUGUUCAUUUAUAUGAAAUAAAAUACUGUAAUGUA